AUGGGUUUUCACUUGCCCAGCCAUGCAGGAACCGGCUGGCGCCGGCGCCAACGAGAGCACCGUGCACUUCUGCCGCUGGAGGUCGUCAGCGAAGGCGCAGGCGAAGCUGUCUCAGUGAGCAGCGCCCCGUCGCGAGGGAAUCGCAUCCAGUCGCACCGGCUGGGCGAGCUGGGCCUCUGGAAGAGGCCCCCUUCCGCACCCGGCGAAGGAGCCGUGAGACCUUUGAAGCUGAGCGUCGCAGAAGGGGCGUCAGUGGCGGCCGGUGAU